UUCAGUCCGAACAAUCAGAAGAAGGAAGUUCGAAGGUCAUCGUUGCAUCGCCGCUAGUAUCUCGCUAGCUGGCUACGUUCGUUCUUUUAUAAUGGCAAAACAUCACCCAGAUUUGAUUUUUUGCCGAAAACAGGCUGGAGUUGCCAUUGGGAGACUGUGUGAAAAAUGUGAUGGCAAAUGCGUUAUCUGUGACUCUUAUGUCAGGCCUUGCACACUAGUUCGUAUCUGUGAUGAAUGCAACUAUGGGUCUUACCAAGGGCGCUGUGUCAUCUGUGGAGGUCCUGGAGUUUCUGAUGCCUACUACUGCAAAGAGUGCACCAUCCAGGAGAAAGAUAGAGACGGCUGCCCCAAGAUCGUGAACCUCGGAAGCUCGAAGACUGACCUUUUCUAUGAGAGAAAAAAAUAUGGCUUCAAGAAGAGGUGAAGAAACAGGGAUUUUGUUUGUCGCAGUAGUGCAAGAGUUUUCCAUUUUGUUGAUACAAUAAAACGUUUUUUUUAA